AUGUCUAUCUUCUACUUCUCGAUCAAGUUCUUCGUAUGGAUUGCACUGCUCGUCGUGCAUGUCGCUAAUGGGGCGGUAUUUCUCUUCUUCUGGAUCAACCACCGGAGUCAGGUCGGGAUGAUGUCUAUUUGGAUCGUUGAAGCGGCCAUUAGCCUCAUGCUUCUUGCGCGCAUGGCCGUCUACAUCUACUACCGUAACAGGAUGGGCGGCGCUCAUAUAAGGAAGCUACACGAUGAAUGGGACGGCUGGAGCUUGAUGUGGGCCGCUAUGUGGGACAUGAUCAAACUCGCGUUCAUAGCCUUCCAAAUCGCUCCUAGCGACGUCGACCGUCCCGGAAGCUUACCAACGGACUUCGCCGCUCUCGGAGUAUCGAACCCCAUCCUGGCUUCUGCCUUGCUCCUCAUACCUUCCGUGCUCACCAACGCCAUCGAAUGGCCGCUGUUCUCCCAGGUCGACAAAAGCAACUGGAACGGCACCUACGAUGACCAUUGGCUCAACCGUCCUCUGGUGCGACCGCCGCCCCGACCCUUCCGCCCUUUCGCCUUCCCAGCUCCCAACGAGAACUUCUCUGCGAGGAUAGUUGCGGUGCAGCACGGCUCGCCCCCCGAAAUGUGGGCGCACAAGCCUGGCGAACGCGAUCGCCGCCGGGUCGCUAUGCCGCAGCCUCUGGUACAACCUGCGAAGCCGACAUACGAUCACAGGGCCCCGCGCCGGCUUCGCACACCGCCGCCGAUCAAGACGACGUGGAACCAGUGGUACAUCACUCCCGGAGAAGCUUACUGA